CCAGUACAAGACGCCGCUGCAUUUGGCCAUCGACGAAAAGGCGCCGCAGGAGAUGGUGGAACUGUUGUUGUCUUCCAAGGCUGAUCCAAACACAGGCAACAUCGAGAUAGGGCUGUCCUCGUCGUAUUCGGAGAGUCGACGCUCCGCCGUCGGUUCAUAUUUCCUCCUAAUCCCCUGCUCAUCGCCCGAUCCUCGUCCUUCCCUGAUCACCUCGCCGAGCCAGGCCCCUCUCAGGAGGAAAGGGGUGGCGCCGGCUCUGAUGGUCGCGGCGCGCUCUGGCGACGGGGCGCUGGCCGCGGCGCUGAUCAACGCCAGGGCGAACCUGGAUCUGGUGGGCAAGCAGGGGAUGACGCCCUUGCACAUGGCCGUCCGGGCUCGCAAGGAGAACGUCGCCAAACUGCUGAUCGAGGCCGGCUGCGACACAAGCGUCAGGGCGAGCGGCAAGACCGCGGCGGAGUUGGCCAUGACCAACGGCGCGGCUGGCAUCGCCAGAUUGCUCUCGAAGGAGCCGUGCGAGCCCCGCGUCGGGAUGGACACGUUGGACGAGAAGCUCAAGAAGGAUCUCCCUCGAUCGGGGAUCGAGGAUCGAUGA